GACGAGAUUCGAACUCGAAAUCUCUCACUUUCCUGAGUCGGAAAAUCAAAAAGAAAAAAAAUAAAAAAUAAAACGUAAAAGCAGAUAAUACACAGAGGAAGCCAUCAAGAGCGGGUCUAGGGUUCCUCCGAGUUAUACCUUGUCCUCUCUCUCUCUCUCUCUCUCUCUCUCUCUCAUGGUUUGGAUCCCGGGAAAAGUUCGUCAAUAUAGCUGUUCGUUUGCCAGUAUCAUAGUCGAUCUCUUGCUGUAAAAGGUAUGUCUGUUGGGUUUCCUGUGGUCUGGAUUGAGCCUUGAUUCGUGAAGAUUGAGGACUGUUUGUUGGGAAUUUAGCGGGGUUGCGUUUUCUUGAAUUUUGGAUUGCUGGGAAGUGAAGUUCAAAUGCCGGACGAGGACCUCGUCGAGCUCAAGUUCCGCCUGUACGAUGGAUCAGAUAUUGGUCCGUUCCGGUAUUCGCCUGCCUCAACAGUGGCGAUGCUAAAGGAGAGAAUUGUUACAGAGUGGCCGAAAGAUAAAAAAAUUGCUCCUAAGGUUGCAAAUGAUGUCAAACUAAUAAGUGCUGGGAAAAUUUUGGAAAACAACAAGACCGUUGGGCAGUGUAAAGUGCCUUUUGGCGACCUUCCCAGAGGGGUCAUCACCAUGCAUGUUGUCGUGCAGCCAUCUUUGGCAAAAGCAAAAACAGAAAAGAAAGUGGACGAGGCCCCAAAGAAAAACGCGUGUUCGUGUUCCAUAUUGUAGGAGAGCUUCUAAUUCAGAUUUCCGGCCUGUGGGGGCUACCCGGGGGGGUUCUUCUCAGGGAUGACUGGACUUGGGAGUUGAGCAGAGCUGCCAGAGGUAGCUGGAGAAAGGCAAAAUAAAUUGUAAAAUUGGUGCCAUCCCUCCAUUGUUACGUGUACGUCAUCGUCAUCGUCUGAGGGCAUUCCUUCUGUAACGGUGUAUGUUGGUGAUUUAUGUCUUUGCAUUUUAUUAAAUGGGUGUUUAAUGUAUUCCUGUAGUUGCAGUCGUUUCAUGUGUUACAAUGCUUGUUGAAUUGGAAACGUUUAAAAGGGCUAUAUACAUAGGAGUUACUAUAAGUGUGAUCCAUACUUUUUUAGAAUAGCAAUUGGUCUUGGUUUCAUUUCACUCAUUUGUCGUCUGUCAAUGUACCAUUUGAGUACACCAUGGUGUGUUGAUGAAUUGAUGUUGGAAACUGCGAGGAAGCUCACUUAACAUUUCAUCUUUGGUUGCAUAUGUAUCUUAAUGGAGUUGGUUUAGGGCAUUUAAGCCUGCCCCC